AUGAGUGAAAGGAAAGGAAUUAAUAGAUACUACCCACCUAAUGUAGAUCCAUCGAAAGUUAAGUUUUCACAGAAGAAGGCUCAAAAGUCGAAGGGGCAAAAUGUCAGGUUGAUGAUGCCAUUUUCAAUCAAGUGUCUUAAAUGUGAAGAAUAUAUUGCAAAAUCAAGGAAAUUCAAUGCUAGGAAAGAAGUUACAGACAGAGAUUAUUUGGGGAUCAAAAUCAAACAGUUUAGCAUACGAUGUCCGAGAUGUUUCAGUGAGUUGGUCUUUGAAACUGAUCCUAAGUUAGGUGAUUAUACGUGUGUAGUGGGUUGUAAAAAAAAUUUUGAGAGAGACAACGGACCUACAUCUAAGGAAACCAUAGAUGAAAUGAUUGCAAGAUUAGAGAAAGAAGAAAAAGAAGAAGAGAGGAUGAGGGAGCUGAAGCGUAAAGGUGGAAAUAGCCUUCGAAAUGGAAAGAUCAGUGAAGAAACAGGAAUGGAGCAAUUAGAGAAAAGGUUGGCCGAACAGGAAAAAGAAAGGGAGAGAAUCGAAGAACUUGAAGAUUUGCAGAAGGGAAUGGAGGAUUUGGAGAAAAGGAGGGCCGAAGUAGAAACUGCUGAAAAUAAUAUAGCUGGUGAUUCUGAAGAAGAUAGAGAAAUGGAUAAAGAAGCUAAAGAAGCUUUCAAACAUAAAGGAAAAAGAUGGAAAAGCAACCCAAUCCAACCGGAUAUAUUGAACGGGUACUCAGACUCCGAAGAAAGCUCAGAUUCUGAAGAUCAUUCAGUUGGUGAGGAACUUGAUAGCAAAAGAGAAUGGUCACAAAUUCGGGGGGUUCUAAAACGCAGAAAGAUUAACAUUAUUACAUAA